AUGCAAAUGAAAAAAGCCACUGAGUACCCCGAUGUGGAUGGAAACUCACCGACGUGGAUUCGAAAGAUGAGAACCAUCUUCCAUCGCUUCGACUCCCGCAGUCGUGGGGCCGUUAGCAUCGACGAAUUUCUAGACAUUGCCUCCAACAUUCUCUCCGAGUUCCCGAAAAGUGACAACUAUUUCGGCGACCAGCUUGUCCAGGCCAUAAUUCGUCUGUGGUAUGAAGUCAUCUGCACAGAAAGAUCAGCGAACCAGAACACGAGGGUUUCCAUGAAUGAGAACGCGUUUGUCAAGGCUAUGGCAAAGUGCAUCAACGGAACCUUUAAAACGGGAUUUGUUGAAAACAUCGUCACGCCUCUCUUCGAGAUGGGCGACAUGGACAAAGACGGCUACCUGCAGCAGAAUGAAAUGGGUCAGCUGAUAUUGGGUUUCGGAGGCAACCAGAAAGAGGCUGAAUUGCUUUUCCGUAUCUUAGACGGUGGAAGCAAAAAGGGCGUCAGCAAAGACCAGUUUGAGGGUGUCCUGGCCGAGUUCUUUUUCGACGAGGGCAUCAAAGGCAAGACGGCGAAGCUGUUCGGUGCUUUGAUCAACUACAAGCGACCCGAAGACUACCCCGAGGUCGAAUGCGGGCCCGUGUGGGAGGGCAAAAUGCGCACCAUGUUUCGCCGACUGGAUCUGCACCAGUCGGGCAAACUGCGCUGCCACGACUUUAUCCAAAUUGGACGAGCACUGGCUCAACGCAAUCACCUCCUGAAGCCAAAGGCGGACGCUGUGAUGCGUGCCAUGCUCGACAUCUGGGUGCAUUACUUCUCCGUUGAUAAGGAGGGGGCCCACUUCACAGAAAUCACCGAGAAGGACUUUAUUCACAACCUUCGAUCGAUGAUCAACGGAGAAUUCAGACAUGCAAUCGACCAAUUCGGCUGGACGUUCUUUAAAGCCGUCGAGGUGGAGGGCACAGGCUUUAUCUCGAUAACGGAGUACCGCAAUUUGCAGGAGGCCUGGCGAGUUGGACGUGCGGAAGCUGAGGGCAUGUUCAAGGCAAGUUUCAAGAUGAUCGCUUGUGAAAGCAGCCAGUUGAGGGUUUUAGAUACAGACAAGGACUCGAAAAUCAGCAGCGACGAAUACCUAUCAGCCUGGUGUGAUUACUUCUUGGGUGAGGAUCCAGCUAGCCCCUACAAAACGUUUUUCGGUCCAGUGAUAACCAAGCACUCGCGCGAGUCAAUGGCAGAGUAG